UGCUAAAUAUUGACGACGUAGAUGUAGUGGAGGAUCACCACAUUCUACUUGAAGAGCAUUGAUAGGACUUGACCGCAUAGCACCAGAAACUACUCGUAAAGCUUUGUACUGUAUGAGAUCUAGUUUUUUAAAUGUCUUAACACUACCAAGCUCCAGCAAGAAUGUACCAAAAUACUUCUUAUAAGAGCAUUAUAUAACAAUUUUAUGCAAAAAGGGUGCGCACCCCACCAAACACCUGACAGACAUCUUAAAAUAUUAAGAGUACGCUCACAUUUAGCAUUUAGGUAAUCACAAUGUGGGAUACCAGUUAGUUUCGAAUCUAAGACAAUUCCCAAAAACUUAACAUUAUCUUUAACUGGAAUCUGAUAACCCUCAUAAAAUAUAGAAAUAGGAGGAGGAGUUCUUGAUCUCGUGAAUAAAACUAUUGUACUUUUUUCAGGUGAUAGAUCAAGGCCAUUUAAGUCCAACCAAGUUUUUAAAUUUAUCAGCGGUUGUGUUAUAGAAGAACUAGCUUUUUCAAUAGAAAUAUCACGACAGUAAAUUAAUAGAUCAUCAGCAUACUGAAGAACAUUUACACAAUUAAGUGAUGAUUUUAAAUCGUGUGUAUAAAUAUUAUACAAUAUUGGGCUAAGUACUGAUCCCUGGGGGAGGCCCUUUGAAACAAGUCGACUUCCUGUCAUCUAGUUUCAGGAUUAUGUAUCUUUCGGAAAGCAUGUUUAUGAUAAAAUUUGUUAAUAGCAGAGGUAUAUUAAGUUGUAAAAGCUUGCUCUUUAAAAUACUUAUUACGACAUUAUCAUAGGAACAAUUUAUAUCUAAGAACGCAGCUAUUACUGAUUUAUUAUUUGAAAAUGAUAAUUGAAUAUCAGAAAUGAAUAUACUUAAGCUAUCAAUAGUACUUUUCCCACGUCUGAAACCGAAUUGGGAUUCACAUAAUAGACCGUUAUGCUCAACAAACCAUUCUAAACGAUUUUUUAUAAGAUGUUCUGUAAUUUUCAUCAAAACAGAAGAAAGUGCGAUUGGGCGAUAGGCAGAAUGGUCUGCAGAACACCUAUUAGGUUUCAGUACGGGAAUUAUUUCUUGACGUUUCCACGCGGAGGGGAUGUUACCAGAUGUCACUAUGGAAUUUAUAAGAGAUAAAUAAUAAAAUAAAGCAUCAUCAUCUAAAUGAGAGAUAAAGGAAUACGGAAUACCGUCCAGUCCAGGAGCAGAAUCCUUAACAUGAGACAAUACACCUUUUAGUUCAGUGAGAGAAAAUAUACUGUUUAAACCAAAACAGUUAUCAUUAUUUAUAUUUAUUACAGGGUAACCAAUUAUUAACACCCAUAUUCUAAGUCGUAAACUCAUGAUUUCCUCGACUCGACUCAACCUCACUGAGGGGUUUUCAUAUUCACAGUUGUAAUUUUUGUCCUUACCUCAAACACCUUCCUCACUCGAGGUGAGUUUGAGUCGAGGAACCAACUGUCAAAUGUAAGGUUGAUCGCCAUCUACCUUGAGGAAGUUUAUAAGUAAUUGUUAGCUACAAAAGACAUUAUUUCAUUAAUUUUUUAUAAUGUCUUUCGAAAGUUUUAUUGAAUAUAUGUACGAUAGUCCUUACGACUACUUAUCGCGACGAUAUUUACGAGAUGCAGAAAAUCCGAUGGAAAUUUAUGAUGAAAAUGAAUUUCGAAUAAGAUUCCGCUUCACCAAAAAUAUUGUGGCAAGCUUUUUGUUACCCCUGCUCUUCCAAAAUACUGGAGACAGCAAGCGUGGAUUGCCGAUUCCACCAGUGAUCCAAAUGCUAGCAGCCUUACGAUUUUACGCAACUGGAAACUUUCAAAUUGUUUGCGGCGACUUGCACCAAAUAAGUCAAUCAGUCGUUUCAAAGAUUGUGGCCAAUGUAUCGAAAGCUUUAGCUUUAAAAAUAAGGCGCUUCAUUAAAUUUCCUGACGUCCCUGAGCAAGCUAAUGUGAAGAUUCAAUUUCAUCGUGUUGCUGGAUUUCCUGGGGUUAUUGGAUGCAUUGAUUGUACCCAUAUUCCAAUAAAAAAUCCAAACCGACAAAACGGCGAAGUAUUUCGCAAUCGUAAAGGUUGGUUUUCAAUUAAUGUGCAAAUAGUAUGUGGCCCUCGGAUGGAAAUAUAUGAUAUCGUAGCACGCUGGCCUGGAUCUGUCCAUGACUCUAGAAUAUUUAAUAAUAGCAGGUGUUAUAUGAGAUUUGAAGAAGGGGAAAUUGCAGGUUUACUGAUUGGUGAUAGUGGUUAUGCACAGUCACCAUACAUGUAUACACUAGUCCAUAAUCCUCAAUCACAACCUGAAUUCAAAUAUAAUAGGGCCCAUAUCAGUACUAGAAAUAUUAUAGAAAGGUUUAAUGGUGUAUGGAAAAGAAAAUUUGCAUGUUUGAAUAGAAAACUGCAAAAUAAUCUGGCAAAUACAUGUAAUAUUAUAGUGGCAUGUGCUGUGCUAUAUAAUAUUAGUAUUGAGACCAAUCAAGAAAUGAUUGAACCCUUAACCAAUCUUGCUGUAGUUCCAGUACCUCACACUGGUGAUACAGCACAAGGUAGUGUUAUAAGGGCUGCAUUUAUAGCAAGACAUUUUAGUUAACACCUACAUCUUAUUAUGUUUUUAUACAUACAUUUUUUUAUAUGUUACUUUAUUUUUUUAAAUGUUACUUUAAGGAAAAUUUAAAUAUUAAUCUUUACUAUUAUUGUUAUAUUAAUAAGUUUGUUAAAUACUGUUCACAACUAAAUUUUUGGAUGAU